AUGGAAAAUCAAACAUUCAUUGUUCUGUCUAUAUUCCUUUCUCUCCUCCUUACAAAUGCUUCUGCUCAAAAUCCUCAACUUAGACAAAACUUUUACCAGAACAUAUGUCCUAAUGUAGAAUCACUCGUCCGCUCUGCUGUCCAAAAGAAGUUCAGCCAGACCUUUGUGACUGCCCCGGCAACUCUUCGACUCUUCUUCCAUGAUUGCUUCGUUCGGGGAUGUGAUGCUUCUGUGCUGCUUUCAUCCUCAAGUAACAAUGCAGAGAAGGAUCACCCUGAAGAUAUGUCACUUGCCGGAGAUGGAUUUGACACUGUGAUCAAAGCAAAGGCAGCUGUUGAUAGCAAUCCACAAUGCAGAAACAAAGUUUCAUGUGCUGAUAUACUAGCCCUUGCAACUAGAGAUGUUGUAGCCUUGGCUGGGGGGCCAUCUUAUAAAGUUGAAUUAGGAAGACGUGAUGGGAGGAUAUCGACUAAGGCCAGCGUUCAACACAAACUCCCUCAACCUAGUUUCAACUUAAACCAGCUGAAUUCAAUGUUUGCUUCACAUGGUCUAUCCCAGACUGAUAUGAUUGCAUUGUCAGGUGCACAUACACUUGGAUUCUCUCAUUGUAGCCGAGUUUUCGACCGAAUAUACAAAUUCAAGUCUCCAAACAGGAUUGACCCAACUCUAAGUCGGCAAUAUGCUAUGCAGCUUAGACAAAUGUGCCCUGUUAAUGUUGACUCCAGGAUUGCCAUUAACAUGGACCCGACCACACCCCAGAAGUUUGACAAUGUCUACUACAAAAACCUCCAGAAUGGAAAGGGCUUGUUCACCUCUGAUCAGGUUCUGUUUACGGAUUCAAGAUCAAAGGGCACUGUGAACCUAUUUGCAUCAAACAAUGCAGCCUUCCAACAAGCAUUCGUGGCUGCUAUAACUAAGCUAGGCCGAGUUGGGGUUUUGACCGGUAAACAAGGUGAGAUUCGGCGAGAUUGUUCCAAUGUAAACUAA